UGUGUCAAGUAAACGUCAAAAAUGUAAACACGAGUAAACAUAAGUUUAAGAUAAAUGUGAAUGUGAUUUUACUCUAAUUGGAAUAUUUUUUUAAUUAAUUUGCAAAUAAGUGCAGUGACAUGGCGACGCAGGAGAAACUACUAAAGUCCUUGGAGGCUCUGAGACUGCUACUGAACUCUAACCAAGCUUUAGAUCCAGUGAAAAAGAAGGAGAAGAUUCAGCACUGUAAUAUCAUUGUUGAGGCUAUGAUGAAUCCCACUAUAAAGAUUGCUAAGAACUUCAACACUUUCCUGAGUUUUGCCAUGGAUGUUCUCUUACAGUUGUGUGAUGAUCCUGAGUCUGAUGUCAGGAUGACAGCUGAUGAGUGCCUGAAUAAGAUCAUCAGAGCAAUGGGUAAUAGCAGUAUUACCAAGAUCCAAAUAGAAUUGCACAAGGAAAUUAAAUCUAAUGGAUCAGCUAGGUCUUUGAGAGCUGCUCUAUGGAGAUUUGCACUGCUGGCUCAUCACAUAAGGCCACACAAGGGAAAACCAUAUGUCAUUAAUUUGGUCCCUUGCAUAGUGAAGAUUUUGGAGAGAACUGAAGAACUAGUCCAUGAGACUUUAGCUAACAGUAUGGGAAAUAUAAUGAAGACACUUGGAUGUUUCACUAUGGAUAGAGAUAUCAAGUGUAUACUGGAUGCAUGUUUGAAGAAUGUGAAAAAUUCUCAGUCUGCGGUAAUUCGAAGGACGUCCUCAAGUUGUAUAUUAAGUGUGUGCCUGAAUUGUAGAAAACCAUACAUCUACCUUUCCUAUGUUCUAAAUAAUUUAGUUGAUUAUUUAAUACCCGUCCAGGAAAGCCACGCCACUUUCAUGAUAAUAGGCGUUUUCGGUUGUCUGAAAGCAAUAUUGCCAAAGCUGAAGAGUUUCGAGAAGGAGUCGAGAAUGAAUAAUUACAAUUUCUCAAGCAGAAAAGACGCCAUCGAUAAAUCAGUGACAGUCGAUCGAUUUCUACAGAUAUACGAACUGUCUUUGCAUUAUUCCUCGCACGGUGAUCACAACAUUGUGAACGCUUCGCUAGAGACGUUGAACACGCUUUUUCAAAAUUGUACAAAGCAAUUUAAGGCGGCUUUAGUUAAUCAAGAUGGCCUCAAAUGUAGCAAAAUCGUUGCGGAAAGUGCCAAAAUUAAAAUGCGAUCGCCUAGUCAAUUGAGCGUAGCUACCACGCUAGUUUCGGAAGACAAUUUACCUUUGGAUGUGGAGCUGUUUGAUAACUUCAAAUCGGAAGAUAUUGAGAAGUGGAUAGACGAAUCCAAAUUGUCCGUCAUCAAUGUGAAUUACGUUAAAGAUGAUAAAGCGGGAAAUUUCUGCGACUCGAUAGAUGGUACCAUCAACAGUGCCAACGAUAAGAGCAAGUGUUUUGAUUAUUCCAAUAUUACCAUCGGUACUCUUAAUGAUUUGUACGCGGAUAGCUUGAAGAGCGAGAGUAUUGUUGAGCACAUGGACAAACUAGUCUUGAGUGAGGGAUCUUCUGAAAAAAGUAGCUCUUUGAAGGCCGACGAUAAAUCAACAAGUUUAUUAGAAGAUGUACCUUUAGAUAUCGACGUUGGGGAUUUUUUGGAUAAAGCAGUGCCUUUGAUUUAUUGUGGUCGUUUAUUAACGAAGCAAUUCUUGUUGAACGGUGUGCCUGGAAAAUUAAUUCCCGAUAAGAAAGUGCGAGUUUCCACAAAGAAUCUUGCAUUAACAUGCCUUUCGAGCAUCGUACAAAUAUACCCGCAAAUAGUUGUUGUCCAUUUGGAUCGGAAAGUCACGACCCAGAGGAUAAGCGAUGUAUUGAUUUUUGCAAAUCACGGAGAUCCUCAGCUGAGGGGCCAAGUGCGUAUCCUCAUUUCCAAUUUCAUCAGAGCCGUUUUAGUAUUGAGCAACGGCGAUUAUCAAUGUUGGAUCGACGAUAUUUGCAGUCUGGAUUGCUUCAAAUUAUCGAAUUUGAUGGAAAUGCUUUUAAAAGGAUUGAAAGACGAAUCAUCAACUUGCAGUCGGCAAUCUUUAGUUUGUUUGAACAAUUUUCUGCGAUUGCUAUUGGAUUCAGAGUUAUGUGUUGAGGCCUGGCCCAUUUUGAAUUACCUUCCAAUUUUAGCGCAGGAUCCAUAUUGGUUGGUUAAGGUGAAAUUAGUAGAGGUCAUUUCCGAAUUGGAGUACGUAACCAUAGCACACGCAUUUCCCACUUCGCAGUAUCAAAACAAAGUGGUUUUUAAUAUUCUAUUUGAGCUCAUCAAGGACGAAGAUCAGCGUGUUCGUUUAGCAGCAUCAAAUGCUAUAGUCUCGGUUAUACCAAAAUUGUAUUUCAAACAUCAUUAUCCUAAUGACUCUACGGUUACGUUCAAGGCUGUCUCUUACCGAAAUACGUAUAUCCCACGAUUAUUUAGUGGAGAGAUAGAUGGUAACAUCAACAAGAAACACUUCGUCGAAAGUAUGCCAUUUCCAUAUAAUACGGCUUCCAAAAAAUUGAAUAUCAUCGAAAUAUCGUUAGGAAAAAUCAUCACCAAAUUGUUUCAAUACUUAUUAACAACAACUUCGAAAUAUUAUAUUUACGGCUGUAUAGAGACUUUGAAUGCUUUGAGCUUCAAAUUUCCAACGAGUGUGUAUAAAAAGGCUUGGAGCUGUUUUAAGACGAUUUCGGUAACGAAGCAGCGGCAGAUAUUCCAGCGAAGCAACUCCAUUGGAGGAAUCGCAUCUCCAAUAGAGGAAUACUUCAUAAGCAGUUCCGCGGAUCUACUAAACGUUACAGUUCAUCUUUUGACGAACGGAAUCGUUUGCUAUGAUCUUAAUUGCCAUUUGAACUUGAUCACUUUGGCUGGAAAUCUCUUUGCAGGUAAAUGGCUGGAGAAUAUGAAAGCUCCGGCCGAUUUGGGUUUGGAAGGAGCCAGGGAACAAUGGGAUUUAUUUGCUGACAAGACUUUGGCGCAAAUGUCCGAAGUAUUCUUGGUGCAUGUGAUCAAAAUGCUGAAUAUAUUUUCCCAUAUAAUCGACGAAUCUGUGCCAAAUUUACCUCAGAAUAAGCUUCCCAAUUUACCAUCGACCAGCAACUUGUCUCCCAUCAAGAGAAAGAAGAGCGACUUGGGCGAAAAGAAGAUACUUUCGCCGAGCAAAACGCCUGACAAGGAAGAUAAAAAGGUCGAUUCUAAAGUUAAUGCAAUGGGAUAUUUCGCCAAUUCUCCGCAUUACAUGAAGUUCUACGAUAUUUUGAAAGUCGCUUACAAUAAUUACAAGAUCACAUUGGAGUCUGAGGCAUCGGAAAACUUCCUAAGUUUACUGAAGAGUACUCUAAACACUUUCUCGCAAAUCCUGGAGGUGGCAACCUUAACAGAAAUAGGAAGAAUCGCUGAAGAGAUUUUGCUGUAUUUAAAAUCCAUUUUCCACCUGGAUUCGGCAUCAACUGUAUUAUGCGUGCAGCAAUUACUGAAAAGCCUAUUUGGCACAAAUUUGAGCUCGGAUUCCGAUGUAAUUUUGACGUACUUGAAUCAAAAUUCUCAAAGCGGAGAGAAAGAAGGCAAUUUCGGAUUUUACUAUCGUGCCGCACAAAUACCAUUUGAAUCGAUUGGAAAUUGCGUAAGCGCUUUAAAUACUGUUGGAAAAGUGGACUGUGAUGGUGAUAGCACAGUAAUGGGUUACUUGCAUCGAAAAGAGAAUAAGAUUGGAGCGAACAAAGGUUCGGAUAGAAUACUUGCCAAUUACAUAAGGAUUUUCGAACCGAUGGUUAUCGAAUCUUUAAAGCAUUACACGAUUACCAGUAAUGUUCAAUUGCAAUGCCAAGUUCUUCAGUUGUUGGGGCAAUUGGUGCAGUUGAGGGUGAAUUAUUGUUUGCUUGAUUCCGAGCAGAUUUUCAUAGGUUUCGUUUUGAAGCAAUUCGAAUUCAUCGAAGAGGGUCAAAUUAGUUUAUCUGAAGAAUUGAUACCGAAAAUUUUCCAAUUUUUGGUUCAUUUAUCCUACGGCAAACAACAUUCGAAGAGUAUCAUAGAUAUUCCGAAGAUCAUUCAACUAUGCGAUGGUUUAAUGGCGAGCGGACAAUCACCUUUGACUCAUUGCAUUCCUGCUCUGAAGCCGAUCGUUGAAGAUGUCUUCCUGUUAAGGAACAAAUCGAAUACACCGAAUUUUAAAGAUUUGGAAACCGCCAGGGAAUUUUUGGUUUCUAUGCUUUUACGUUUAUUGGAGUACGGCGAAAUCAUCGAUCUGUUCGUGCUUGUCUUGAACGAAAGCAAGUAUUGCGAUAAUUCGGAACGAUGGAUCAGAUUAUCGCGUCAAGUCUUCGACGUCUUUCUAUCAAUGCUUGAGCAGAAUAAAAUCAAAGUGGAUGAAGGCAAUUGCUUUGAGGAAAUCAUCAAACUGAUAUUCGCACUGCAUCCGAGCGCCUACAAAGACGUCGAUAAGAUACUCAUCAACUUAUUUGGAGAACCUCCUGUCCAAGAGGAUAAACAUUUAGUCCGUUAUUUAGGAAAGGUUUCUAUAUUGUUGUUGAUACUCUCCCGAAUGAAAGAAGACAAAUUGCUCUUGAGGAUCGCCGAUAAUCAAAUGGAGUUUGCACCGGAAAGCGUUUAUGUGCACAUCGUAGAACCCGAUCCUCUAAACGUUACCAAAAUCUGCGACGUUCUUUCUCACGUGCAACCGGAAGUUGUUUUGUUGCGUUUCCUGUUUCGCAUCGUGCACAUAUCUUUGAAUAAGUGCGUUGAAAUCGCGCAAAAUCAAGAGCACGAUUUCGUCGUGAAACAAUUCAGUUUCUUUUUGAUGUAUUGUUUGUACAUAUUCCAAUCAGGGAAUUAUACUAAAAUUACGAAAGUCGCGAUUGGAAUUUUCAACGAUAAAUUUGAUCCUUUGCAGGGGUCUUCCGAGAAGAUUCCGUUGGAGGAAAUCAAUAAGGGAUUUCUGAAAUUAAGAUUUUUCUAUCCAUUGCUUACUUUUCAAUGGUGCCACAUCUUGGCGUUGGUGAAUUACGACGACAAAAAGUUUUGGUCCUCCACUUUGAGAUUUGCUGAAAUUAAAGAUGCGCGGCUUCUCAAGAAACCAUCAAGUGUUAAUGAUGAUAUCGUUCGAAUCGGUUCCACUAUAGUUUAUGCAGAUUUUAUGAGCGAACAUUUACAGGAGGACAAAUUGUCUUGGUUCUUUAGAAACAAUAUAAUACUGUUGGUAAAUUUGUGCUCGGAGCCUCCGAUUGCCGAGCUGAUCAAUUCUAUGCAUCGCAAUUCCACCUCGAGUGGCUUGUUGAUUCACUCAAUCUCCACAAAAUGCCUCGAUAUUGAAGAACCUCAGUUCAAGAUGAACCUUUUGCAAUGCGUGGAGGGUGCACACAAAGCUCAAACUGGAAAUCUACUGAUGAUGUUAAUACCAAGAUUACUGGAAUGCAGGCAGCUGGCAGUUUCUAGAAACGUUAGCAAUUUGUUGUGCAGAAGGGUCGAACUUCUGUUAACAAUGAAUAAGAACGAGAUUGUAGGACAAUUGUCGAAAACUAAUUUAAAUGGAUUGAUGGAUGUUUUGGUUUCUUUGAACUUGACAAAAAAACACGAAAUGCUUGUGGGUCUUUUGAAUAAGUUAGCAACACUUUACUACGAUUCCCCUCCUUUAUGUUUAGACGAGAGGCGAGCAAUCAAUCUUAAUUGCAUCAAGAAACUCAAUAUUCACAAGGACUGGUAUAUAUCGAUAAUCCAAGGUCGAUGCGAAACUGCUAAUAAAGGAGUGGAAACUGCAGAACUUCUAAGUAAACUUUCUUAUGAAGAUGUUAGUAAUAUUUUACGUUCGAAGGGAUUUCCGAAAUCUGUGUUAAAAGAUUGUUUCAACUUUGGAGGCGAGGAGUUGCUGAAGGUCUGCAGCGAUUAUCUAUUUGCAGAAAUAAAGAGGAUCAGGGAAGCAAUGCCGACGCCUCAUCAAGUUUUCUUAGUGGAAGGACGGACUUCUAGUGCCAAUGAAACUAAGUAUAAAUCUAAUCUGUGCGAAUUGCUCGCGGAUGAAACAUUUUUGUCUUCUUUAAAGGAUAUUGUUUUGGCAGUUGAUGUGUUCGUGAGGUGUAAAGACUCGGGAAUACCAGAAUCGAGUCACGAAGAUUUCGCGAUUUUCAGUGUUGUAUGUCUUGAGCUAGCCGCGUUUUCUUACGAGAAUGAAACGGGGAUCGACGUCGGGUUUUUGAACGCUUGCAUAAGAUGCUGCGACGGUAUUCUGAAGAAUAAUAUUAUGUGCGCGAUUUUAGGCCAAGAUACGCAUCUUUCGCGGCUGUGUUCCGCGGUGAACUGUCUAUAUAAGUUAAUUCAUGAACUUCUAGUUAAUUCCGAGCCUCUGCCUACGGUCUUCUCUGAAAGCUUGGAGGAGACACUCGACGAUCCGGAAACCCGUGCAGCAGGUGAAUGCGUGCACCGGAUGUCCGUUCUUGUCACAUGGUUGCAAAAGGUUCGCAACCUGGAAGUAGAUAUACCUAGGUAUCUCUUCAUUAGCUUAAGAAGUAUUGUGAUAUCUUUGGGCAGAUUGCCAUUGGUGAACUCGUUUGUACUUACUCCGCCCACGGCGUGGAAGUGCGGGCUCUCCGUGAAAAUGACCGGUUUGUACCGUACUCAGGUCCCGCCGCUUCCCAUCGACUACCUCCAGGAAAUCGAGAUUUUAGAAGAAUUUAUAUUUAGGAUCACGUUGCUAGGUUGGUCUUCGCGGCAACAGUUCGAAGAAACAUGGAUGUGUCUCCUCAGCGUCCUCAGUGCCAAUCCCAAUAGCGACAGUUCAAUUGAAGAGAUCAACGCUAUUACACAUUCCACUAGUUUAGUAGUUCAAGCUAUAACAUCUCUCCUCCUGCAAACUCUAUACUAUCCCCGUCCAGGCAACAGUAACGUCUCCAAAUUCAUACACGUCUCCCGCGAUCGCGAAUUGCUGGAUCAUUCUACGAGUGUAUUGAAACUGAAGGAGCUGCAAGCAAGAUUCCAAGCGAAAAUGAUUGAGAAAAUGAAUGGAGACAUUUACAUACCUGACGUGUUCUCCAAGCCGAACCUGGAGAAGCAGACAUUUGGCUACUCGUACGGGCAAGUUUCUGUGGAAUAUUUGCAGUUAUCCAUUAAGAUCAUAGAGCUUAAAGAGGAUAGCGAAGCCGCCAAAGUUUAUCUGCAACGAGAAAAGGUGCUCUCGGAAAUCGGUUUGGAUCUGAAUUCGUGCUUACAAUUCCUCCUUGACCUCUACUCUCAAUGGAUCAAAUCCGAAGAGGUUCUGCCUUUGAGGCUACUCCAAGAAGUUGUUAAAUCAAUUCUCGCGAUAUCGGAUCUUUUCAGUGAAAGAUCAGAGUUCGUUUGGAUGCUGGAUAUAUUCUCUGAAUUAUCGAGAAACCACGCCGUAGAAGAUGAAAUCAUUCAUCAAUAUUUGGUUGUAGGAAUCUGCAAGGCUGUAUCGGUUUUAUCACCGGACAUGGAAUAUUUCGAGUUGGCCAAAAAAAUCAUCACGCAGUCUUUGAAAAGUGCGUUUAUCUCGGCUAGGAUUUCCAGUAUCCACGGUUUACUCUACAUCUUGCAAAUGGGUACAUCUCCAAAAACAACCACCGGUGCCAUUUCCGAGGAAAUGCAGAUCUUUCUUCCAAUAGCCAUCGAGUAUAUCCAGUGCCAUAUAAAUACAAACAAUAAUAUUUUGAAUCAAUCGCAAAACCACACUCUGCUGGUUUGGAGUUUAGCGUUUUACUUGAUAGAGAAUAUUGACUUUCCGCUUUUGGAUGCGGAAUUUGUGAAUAACGUUCUGUCCAACGUCUUGGCUUUGCUGUACGAUGCGAAGACCGUUAAAAAUAUAUACAUUCCAUUGUUAAAAGGUUUGGAAAGGUUGAUAAUAAGUAAGAGGCUUCCAAAGAAAAACACGGGAAUGAUAAUGCAGUUGGCUCUUGACAAGUUAAAGAAUGCUAAUCCUGUGGUGGCUCUUCCGGCUGCUCAACUUCUGUUUACUUCCAUGUAUAUAGAAUAUUCUGAUCAUUUGGAGAACUCUGAUGUCUCCAAUGGAUUGGUUCAGAGUAACCCUGAUCAUUUAGUACAAACAAUCGAAAAGAUUUCCGUGGUCUUCGAUAGAAUUAAGAAGGGUUUUCCGUUUGAAGUUGAAAUCUUGAGCGAAUCGUUGUCGACACUCCUGAACGAUUUCUUCUCGCCGGCCGACAUCUUGACUAAAGUGAUCAGCGAGUUUCUGUCGCCCCAGCAAAGGCAUCCGAUGCAAAUGAGCAAAGUCGUUUUCAAGAUCUUCGAGUACGCUAUUGAACAGUCACAGCUGUCACUCCUCCAAGAUUGGGUUGUGUUUAGUUUGACGAACUUUACGCAGUCGUUUUCGAUCGGAAUGGCGACUUGGUGUUUGACUUGCUUCUUCAUCUCUGCAAGCACGAAUGUCUGGCUUCGGAACAUCUUUCCGUACGUGCAGAAACGCAUCGGCAGAUACGAGUACGAGGAUAGGAAGAUCCUCUGCAUUGCAGGAUCAGAUUUCUACAAUAACUUAAGUAACGACGGUCAGAGAAAAACGUUCGUGGAUAGUCUGAUGAAAGUCAAAGAUCAGGUCGACAUGCCUUUCAACGAACUGUUGGGUUGUUUAUAAAGUUUGUCUAAACAUUAUUAUUAUUAUUAAAAUAUUGACUAAGUAUGAAUGUGUAAUAAAUGUAAAUA